AUGGCGCCGUCCACGGCCCAGCUCAAGACCCUGUCGGCCCAGUUUGUCUCUCUGACAGGCGCGUCCGAGAGGACCGCCCAACGGUACCUCAAGAAUGCAAACUACAAGAUGAACGAUGCCAUAGAUGCCAUAUAUGACCUCCCGGCGCGCUUUGUGGGGUCGCCCGCUCAAUCUGUCGACUGCAACUCUCGGGUCGCCCUCCUCCUUGGGCAUCUCCGUCGCCAGCGCACCAGAGAAAGGCCGAACCGCUGCCGAUGUCGAGCCCUCGCUCUGAAACAAACCCGUCUGCCCUGCCACCUGAUGCCCUCCGAACCUGGGGCGCAUACAUCCGACGCACUCUCGGGACCGCCCCAGGACCGCCCCAGGACCGCCCCAGGACCGCCCCCAAGAGUACCCCCAGGCUGCAGGAGUCCCAGGCCCAACCACAAGACAAAGACGGCCCUACAAAGGACGUCGAUCGGCCCUCGCAAGGGCUUGAGUCUGUGGUCCUCGAAAAAGAAGACAGACGUGAAACAGCAACCUGGCGACGGGACUAAGGACAAGGACAAGGACAAGGACAAGAUCCGAUCUGUAUUCUUUGGUGGAAGCAAUGGAGGCAGCGGCGCGGGGACGCCCUCACCCCUCGAAGGCGACCUAAACAAGCUUUUCGACUCGCUGCGAGGGUCGUCCGACAACAAGGAUCACAUGGGCAUCGACUCAACGACGAGCUACCUCACCGAGACGCUGGGCGUCAACCCUGAGAAUGCCGAGCUGCUCGUCGUCAUGGAGAUUGUCCAGGCCCCGGCGGUGGGCGAGAUUACGCGCAAAGGCUUUGUCGACGGCUGGAAAUCCACGGGAGUUCAAGCGACGAACAAGGACCACGCCAAACACAUCAAGUCGCUCGUCAAGAAGCUGUCCACAGACCAGGCCCUCUUCAAGAAGGUCUACCGCCACACAUUUGUCGCCGCCAAGGAACAGGACCAAAAGGCCAUCAGCCUCGAGUACGCCCAGAUCUACUGGGAGACGCUCUUUGCGCCGCCGGGCUGGCAGUGGGCGUCACAGAACCACAACUGGCUCGAGCUGUGGAACUCGUUCCUCGCCGCCAAGUGGACGCGCUCCGUCAACAAGGACAUGUGGAACAUGACGCUCGAGUUUGCCUACAAGUCCCUCGAGGACGAGACGCUGUCCUUUUGGAGCGAGGACGGCGCGUGGCCGAGCGUCCUUGACGAGUUUGUCGCGUGGUGCCGCGAGGAGAAGGGAAUCAAGCCCGAGACGAUGGACACGGAUGCGUAG